AUCGUUUAUUGCGACCGAUGUGCAGCUAGCAGCAGUGGAGUGGACGAAGAUCACCGAAAGUUUUUAAUUAAGAUGAUGUCUUCAACGGGAAGAUUGAUAGCGAAAGUGAAACCACAUAUUCCUAUGAUAAAGUUCAGAGCUGGCAAGAGUCCUGUUAGUCUUCAAAAGCCAUUAGCAGCUGUAACAAGUUUAAAAUCACAUAACACAAGUACAACUAGUAGUAAGGAAAAGGGACCGGUCAUUGAAUUUGGCCAGCUACCAUUAAAAUUCAGGAGAGCACAAAUAGAAACAGAUGAAAUGGAAUUCAUAAUGAGAGGUGGACCAGACUUAUGAAGGCAAACUCCAUGGUACAAUAAACUGUCUACAGAUGGUAUUUAGAUGGUCUAUGCAUCAUGUUUGCUGUUAUCAAUAGCUGUAACUACAAUGAAUAUGUUAAUCUGGAGGUGAUCUGGUGGAGUAACCUAAAUAACUCAUGAAUAUUCAUAUGAGCUGAUAUUUAGCGUCAAUUACAAUAACAAAUAGUUUAUAUAUUUUCUUUAAAGAAAUAUAGUAAUUUAUUUAUGAAAUGUAAUUAUAUUAAAUGUUCAAAUGAUAACUGGGGAAGUGUGUCUUAGGAUUAUGGUACCUAGAUAGACGUGUACUCUUGAAAUAACAGUACAACUGCAUAUUGAUAUUGUUGUAAUUGUCAGACAAAUACAAAUAAAAAAAAUCUAGUUUAUAUUUGCUUUUUAAAAUGUAUUGCUCUAUUUUAAUUGUCUAAUGCCACUUAAUUACUGUAUAUUUUCAAAUCUAAUUAAAGUUGUUUAAAAUAUGCUUGUGUGUUGACAAAUAUAUUAGCAAGUUGCUAGGUCUUUAAAUAAUUUUUAAGUUUUGUACUGUAUUGUAAUAAAUUUUCCAGUUGUCUUGGACAGCAGUACAUUAACCAAGUAUUACUUAUUGUUGGUUUUUUUUUUGUUGCUAAAUCUAUAGCGUGAUCCAUCCAUAGGAGUCUGGUCAAUUCAGGUCUAUAAUAAUAGGGUCCCAAGUUGGAAGAAAUCCCUUCCAGGAGAUCUUGUAGUUAAAUUAACUUUCUUAACAUAUUUAAUUUAAAUUUGCAACGCAUGGCAAUACCCAUCAUCGUCACUGUCUUCUGUGAGACAAUUGAUAAUAAAGUAGUAAAAACAUGCAAAUAUUAUGAAUUUGUGGGAGAUGAGUUAUUUUCUAGGUGAUUCUUGCUUGCUUGCAGGAGUAGGGGGAGGCUGAUCCCCCUCUUGUGAUUUCCGGAAGACUUUGGACCCUUCAAUAAAGUGAUGAGAAAAUUGUGGAAAAUUAAAAAUGUAUUCAAUUAAAUAACUUGCUCCUUCGUAACUAAUAUAUACAGUAGAUAUUUUAAUUAUUUUAUUUACACCUGAUAACAAAUAUCAAUUAAAUUAUUCAGUCAAUACUGUAGAUAGAUUAAUAAGCUACCAAUCUUGAUUAAUGUUUAAAGCGAGAAAGCACUGGAAAAUAGCAGCUGUUUGAACUUUAAAUUUGAAACUGCCUAUUGUAAAAAAUAUUUUAAAGCAUAAAAGCUUGGAUUUGCUUUUGGAAAGUCUAACCAGUGAUAUUUAAACCAGCUUGUACAUUUGGAUGGAUGUUCUCCUAAAUUAUAGCAGUUUAUUACAGAUUAGGCAAAGUUCCAGGCAGAACUAUUUUUCUCAGUAAAUACUAUGAAAAACAACCAUUUAAAUGCACUCAGUUCAUUCCAUAGGCAAAUUGAAUUAAAUUGCUCGCUGUUGAUGCUGUCCAAGGAGGUUCAAUACCAUAUUAAUAGGGAGCUUGCGAUGCCAAAACCAGCACCAGUGACCGAAACAAAAGAAUUUACUUUUUAAUAUACACUACUGGUAUUCGU